CGGUGAGCGUCACGUGACGGACUCAGCUUUCCUCCAAUCGUUGUGCACGUUGUGGGGAUUUCACCCAGGACCUGGCCCGAGACUUAAAACACCUCAUUCUCCUGCCAGCCAAACGGGCCGGCCUCCCCCUUCCAGCUGGGCGCUGGUGUCUUUCAAAGGUCCUUGUCCAGAGCGGCUUCGGGAAGCCCGGGCCUACAACGCGCUUAGUCCCGGAAGUGACGUCUCCCAGAGGGGCCGGAAGUGGCAGUGGAGGGAGGGAAGAUGGCGGAGGUGGGGGAGAUAAUCGAAGGCUGCCGCCUGCCGGUGCUGCGGCGGAACCAGGACAACGAAGAUGAGUGGCCCCUGGCCGAGAUCCUGAGCGUGAAGGACAUCAGUGGCCGGAAGCUUUUCUAUGUUCACUACAUUGACUUCAACAAACGCCUGGAUGAAUGGGUGACCCACGAACGGCUGGACCUGAAGAAGAUCCAGUUCCCCAAGAAAGAAGCCAAGACCCCCACCAAGAACGGACUUCCUGGGUCACGCCCUGGCUCUCCAGAGAGAGAGGUGCCGGCCUCCGCACAGGCCAGCGGGAAGACCUUGCCAAUCCCGGUCCAGAUCACACUCCGCUUCAACCUGCCUAAGGAGCGGGAGGCCAUUCCCGGUGGUGAGCCCGACCAGCCGCUCUCCUCCAGCUCCUGCCUGCAGCCCAACCACCGCUCAACGAAACGGAAGGUGGAGGUGGUUUCACCAGCAACUCCAGUGCCCUGUGAGACAGCUCCAGCCUCAGUUUUUCCUCAGAAUGGAUCAGCCCGCAGGGCAGUGGCGGCUCAGCCAGGACGGAAGCGAAAAUCAAAUUGCUUGGGCACUGAUGAGGACUCCCAGGACAGCUCAGAUGGAAUACCGUCAGCUCCGCGCAUGACUGGGAGCCUGGUGUCUGACCGGAGCCACGACGACAUCGUCACCCGGAUGAAGAACAUCGAGUGCAUCGAGCUGGGCCGGCACCGCCUCAAGCCGUGGUACUUCUCCCCGUACCCACAGGAGCUCACCACGUUGCCAGUCCUCUAUCUCUGCGAGUUCUGCCUCAAGUAUGGCCGUAGCCUCAAGUGUCUGCAGCGUCACUUGACCAAGUGUGACCUGCGACAUCCUCCAGGCAACGAGAUUUACCGCAAGGGCACUAUCUCCUUCUUCGAGAUUGAUGGACGUAAGAAUAAGAGUUAUUCCCAGAACCUGUGUCUUCUGGCCAAGUGUUUCCUUGACCACAAGACAUUGUACUAUGAUACAGACCCUUUCCUCUUCUAUGUCAUGACGGAGUAUGACUGCAAGGGCUUCCACAUUGUGGGCUACUUCUCCAAGGAAAAGGAAUCAACGGAAGACUACAAUGUGGCCUGCAUCCUGACCCUGCCUCCCUACCAGCGUCGGGGCUAUGGCAAGCUGCUGAUUGAAUUCAGCUAUGAACUCUCCAAAGUGGAAGGGAAAACGGGGACCCCUGAGAAGCCCCUCUCGGACCUUGGCCUCCUGUCCUACCGAAGCUACUGGUCCCAGACCAUCCUGGAGAUCCUGAUGGGGCUGAAGUCUGAGAGUGGGGAGAGGCCACAGAUCACCAUAAAUGAGAUCAGUGAAAUCACCAGCAUCAAGAAAGAGGACGUCAUCUCCACUCUACAGUACCUUAACCUCAUCAACUACUACAAGGGCCAGUAUAUUCUCACGUUGUCAGAGGACAUCGUGGAUGGGCACGAACGGGCUAUGCUCAAGCGACUCCUCCGCAUCGACUCCAAGUGUCUGCACUUCACUCCCAAGGACUGGAGCAAGAGGGGGAAGUGGUGACCAGGCACAGCCCAUGGUAGCACUGACAAAGCCCGCAGAACUGGAGCUGACAGCCAUUCCGCCCCCAUCAGGACCCCCAAGGGGGACACUAAGGGAGACGGACCAGGCUGAGGACAGUUCCACAAGGAGAGGACCGGCCUGGUAGGGGCCAGUUGGUGCACAGCACCAAAGUGAGCUCAGGGCUCAGGUCAACUUUAAGGUCAGCUGGCUGCAGGCCCAGGCUUGCUGUGAUCCAGGGACCAGAGGGAGCCAGGCAGAUGUGUACAGUGAGAUGGGGGUGGGGGCACUCUGUACAGAGGGCUGGUAGCUGUAAAAAGUUUCUUUUGUAAAGUAGGAAUUGGGGGUGAGGUGGGUACUGGCUGCAAAAUCCUGGCCUCUUUUGCCCCCACUGCUCCCUGACAAUAAAAUUGUUUUUAUA